CCGCCACCUCCCCUCCGUCAGCUUCUGUCCAAAACUAACACACACUCCCCCUGGAUUUCGGUCAGGUUCCAAAGUCCGAUGAGUGAAGUGUAAAGGGGACUUGAACAGUGGGGGGUUGUGUGCGUUUCUGUGUAUUUUGAUGUGCUCAGGAUGUGGUGGAGCAGAGCAGCAGUUCGGCAUCUCGUGCCCAGGCUCAGAGGAACGCAGCGUGCCAUGGCCACGUUACCGCGUGUAUACGUCUCGCGUAAAGUUCCGCCACAGGGACUGGACAUCCUGCGCAAAUCUGCACAGGUGCAGAUCGAGCUUUGGGACUCGGACGACCCCGUACCGCGGCAGGAGCUGCUGAGAAAGGUGAAAGGUUGCGACGGACUGCUCUGCGUCCUGACAGAAAAGAUUGAUGCCGAAGUCUUGGACGCUGCAGGUCCGAACUUAAAGGUGGUCAGCACCAUGUCAGUCGGGUUCGAUCACCUGUCUCUGGACGAGCUAAAGAAAAGAGGAAUCCGUGUAGGAUACACACCAGAAGUUUUGACUGACGCGGUAGCGGAGCUGACGAUUGCGCUUCUCCUCACUACCUCGAGGAGACUUAUCGAGGCUGCACAUGAAGCCAAAACUGGUGGCUGGGGAACAUGGAGAACACUGUGGCUGUGUGGAUACGAGUUGGCCGACAGUACGGUCGGCAUCCUUGGACUCGGACGGAUCGGAGUGGCCAUCGCUGAGCGGCUCAAACCUUUCAAGGUGAAGAAGUUCAUUUACACAGACGUAGCGCCGAGACCGGACCUGGCAGAGGCCAUCCAGGCAGAAUACGUGUCUAUGGACGAGUUGGCCAGACGGUCUGAUUUCCUGGCGGUGUGUUGCGCUCUCACUCCCGAGACUCAGGGCAUCUGCAACAGGAACCUUUUCUCCAAGAUGAAGAACACGUCCAUUUUCAUCAACACUAGCAGAGGAGGUGUGGUGAAUCAGGAGGAUCUGUAUGCAGCGUUAUCUUCCGGUCAAAUCGCCGGAGCCGGACUGGACGUCACCACACCGGAGCCUUUACCAACCAACCAUCCACUGUUCACACUCAACAACUGUGUGAUCCUGCCACACAUCGCCAGCGCGUCCUACACCACACGGAACGCCAUGUCCGCUCUCGCCGCCAACAACCUGCUGGCCGGACUCAGGGGAGAACCCAUGCCCAAGGAGUUGCAGCUGUAGAACCAGACACAGAGCCCAUGUGUUAAAACUGCUGAGGAAUAAAUAAAGUGCUAUUUUGACCACA